GUAUUAUACGUUUUUUCCUUCUCCCUCGUUUGCUCCUACGACUACGACGACUUUCAUUCCCGGGAACAUACACGAAAUCCGCACUUACUGUAUCAAAACGACAAACUUACACGACAAUUCACACACGACCACUCAACUCCAAGAGCUUUUUGUUACUCCAACCUCCCCUCUCUCCACUCGUCUCCACUUCUCCCCCUUGUCCGACCCCACUUUCCAAGGCAUUCGACGGUCGUUGCCGUAAAUCAAAUUAUAUACCACUUUCCCCGGAACGAUGGGAGGGGAUCACAAAUGUCCUGUUUGCCAGGCUACGUUUACAAGGCCUCAACAUGUUGCAAGGCAUAUGCGAAGUCGUGAGUCUUUUGCUGUUAUUUCACGAUGGAUCCCGAUGGAGUUAUCUGCACGUCAUUGACAAGACUGUUGUCGUCGCCACGUUAUUUCGCAACGUGUCGACCACCCUUUUUUUUGAACCCUUUUUUAACCUUUUUUUUUUGCCCCGUUUUCCCGUCGGAGCUUUCUACGACUCCCGCGACUCAGUCACUCAUUGCCCUCCUAGACACCGGUGACAGACCAUACAAAUGCCAACACUGUGGGGAUCAAUUUGCGCGUAGCGACCUUUUAUCAAGGCAUGUCAACAAGUGUCAUGCGGGUGAGAAAGCCACGGUAGGAGGUGCUCCUCCUACGGGAAGAAGAAAAGGCUCGUCGGCUACGAGAGCUACGACGUCUAAACAGGCGUGCGAUCAGUGUGUACAGAGCAGUUUGCCAUGUGAUGGGUGUAAUCCUUGUUCGAAAUGCGUUCAGCGAAAAUGCCGUUGCACUUACGUCAAAUUCCAUCGACAGACAGCGCCUAUUGGACCUGGACAUAAUCCUCGUUCGAUGGCAUCUGCGACGACGUCAACGCCUUCAUCGUUGGCUUCUGCUGUUGGUGGUGGUGGUGGUAGCAUACCCAAUUCGAUUUUGCCUAAUGCAUCUGUUGCUCUUUAUGCGUCGUCGUUACAUCAACAUCAUGCUCAACAUCCUGGUCAUACACAUCCUCAUCAUGUGGCGCAACAACAGCAGCAGCUACCGCCUUAUGGCUCUUUGUAUGGAACGGACGAGUUUUUGUUAGGUCCUGCACCUGGAUGUGGGAUUCCAAAUAUAUCUGGGUCGACGACUGGUACGACUACGUCGUCGUCGUCGUCGCAUGAAUUACAGCCACCGUCUUCGAAUGGGACGUAUGCGGGGAGUUUUACGUUUCCGCCUGUAUAUGCGCCUCAGCCACCACCAGGGCAAGGUAGACAAUCUCAUUCGGAUGGGGAGAGUGGUUUGGUUGGGGAUUAUACCACGAGGUAUAGGGAGCUUAUGAGGCGGGGGUCUGUGGCUUCUUCUUCUUAUGGAGGAGGAGGGGGAGAUGUGGAUCCGACUGCGUUGAUGUUUCCGCAGUUUUAUGGGUCUGGUGGAGGAGGAGGGGGGGGGUAUUAUAGAAGUGGGAGUUCUUCUGGAGGAGGUGCGGGAGGAGGGGGAGUUGUGGAAAGUGAGAGCGAGAGUGAGAGUGCGAGUGCGAGUGCGAGUGGGACGAGUUCGGCGACUAGUUCUAGUGUGCAUUUGCCGAAUUCUGGGGUUGGGUUUCCGAAUGGAAAUCAGGGGUAUAUGCUUCAUUCCCAUCAACACCAAUCGUCUGCCUCUCCUGAUCAUCUUCAUCAAACUAUGCCACCACCACCGUCGUCAUCGUCGUCCGUUUCUUCUGGUACUCAACCAUCAGGGCCACCGGCUCCUUCGCAAACGCAAACGCAAACGUCAGGACGGUUAUUGUCUCGACCGGGGACGGCACAUGGGGUGUCUUCUGUGUUUGGACUUUUGUCUUUGGAUGAUCCGAAUGUGUUGGCGGGGUUAGCUACUGAUGGACAACCGUUUUUCCAUAAUGCGUUUGGAGAUUCGGGGGGUGAUGGUGCUGGUGCUGGAGGUGGGGGUGGAGGUGGGGGUGGAAAUGAUCCCAAUGCGACGCCUAUGCCGAGGUUUAUGAAUACGAGUCCGCAUCAGGGAGCUGGCGAGUUACCACCAUCUGGUGAAGGGGGACAACAACAUGGACAGAGGUCUGGUGGGAAACAAGUUCAGCAUGGGUUUCCUCAGACACCGGGGGUGAAUAGGGAACAGGAAACGAGGGAGUUGAGAGAGUUUUGGAAGCAGUAUAUGAGGACGCCGUUGAGUGGUGGUGCUGCUGGGGUUAUGGGACUUCCGACUCCAGGUGGGCAAGGCCAAGGGCAGCAGGAUGUGCAUAUGAUGUCGCCUGGGAUUUUGGGAUAUCGAAGGGGAAGAGUGUCUUCCAUGCCGAGUGCGAAGACGCCUACGGAUGAAGAGAUGGGUGGAGGAGGGUAUUUGGGGACGUAUGCGGGGCAGUAUCGGUAUUCUAAUUCUACCUCUUCCCAAAAGCAACGGCACCCACAGCAGCAGCAGCAGCAACAGCAACAGACUGUUACGGGGUCGGGAACGGAUGAUUUGAAGAGUUAUGAAGCUGCUGUGAUGGCUAGGAAGGCGCCUACGAAUUUGAAUAUUGCGCCGAAGAUUAGGAAUCGGAGGUUUGGUGAUGGGAUAGAGGCGGGGAAAGGGGCUGGGUUUGCCCUUACGCUUCCUGCUGGUCGUGGUGGUACUAAUGGUGUUGGCGGUGCUACUGGUGGUGCUGGCGCUGGUACUGGCGCCGGUGCGGCUGCUGCUGCAUCCGCCGCUGCUUCCAGUACGUCUGGAUCGACAUCUCCAUCGAAACGAAGACCGACGUAUAAACGGCUUGCUUCUCAAACGCUCGAAUCGGGUGUUUCCAAGCGAGCUCUACUUAGCUGGCAAGGAGAAGAUGGAGAUGGAGAUGGAGAUGAUGAAGGAGAUGAAGGAGAUGAAGGAGGAGAUGGAGAUGAUGAUAGUGGGUUUACGAGUUCUGGAGGUGUACAUCUUUCGCCUCAGAUGCAAUCGUUGGGUGGAAGGGAGAGUUCUGGGUCACCUGUUGUGAGGGGGGGUGGUGUACAGGGUGGGUCACCGAUGAUGCAUUUUGGUGGGGUUGGUGGUGGUUCGGGUGGUUCGUCGUCGUUGGUUUCUACGGAUGCUUGAAUGCCUUCUGAGAUACUUUUGUUUUUUGGUAUGAGUUUUAAUAAUUGUGUAUUUUCUAAGUCUUCUUUUUAUUUACUACUCGAGUACUUGUUAUACUUGGUAUGACUUUGUUGCUUUUCGAGCGUUUUCUUUUCUUUUUACUGCGUCGGAUAUUUUCCACCGACCGCUUUUCUUCUUGAUCUUUUUCCUCUUCGUUCUGUUAUGUUUCUAGUAGCUUACAUGAAGGUAGUAACUGAACGUAGAGAUGAAGUGUUGGCAGUUUUUGGUGGUCGGGAAUAAUUUUAAUUUUUCUUCGCUC